AAAAAAUAUAUUUUGAUUUUGAUUUAAAGUCCCAUGAUGCUUAGCGAGAAAAUGGCUGACUGAGGAUGACACAUGCUGUGUUUUAUUCACAACUUGCUAUAUUUUUCGAAAUAAUAAAUUUUUCCUAGAAAUAUAGACUUAAACGCAUAGCUUGUGGUGUUCGAGUGUUUAAUGUAAACUAUGCUUUCUUGAAUCACGGCGGCAGAAGCGUGAUUUGUGUUUAUUAUUGUCUUGAUCCUAACGGAGGCAUGGCCACGGUAGCAGCCAAACGCGAGGGACCGCAGUUCAUCAGCGAGGUGUCCGUCCGAGGAAACGGCGCCGUGCUCGACUACUGCCGCACGUCCGUGUCCGCGCUCUCCGGCGCCACCGCGGGCAUCCUCGGCCUCACCGGACUCUACGGCUUCGUCUUUUAUUUCCUUGCUUCGUUUCUGCUGUCCUUGCUCCUGAUUCUCAAAGCCGGUCGCCGGUGGAACAAGUGCUUCAGGUCUCGACGCCUGCUCUUCACCGGAGGCCUGGUGGGCGGCCUCUUCACUUAUGUGCUAUUCUGGACUUUCCUCUACGGAAUGGUUCAUGUGUAUUAAAGAGACUCUGAGAGUACAUCAGCAGCCGUGUAGAUGUACAACACUAAGGUCCUCAGGGCAGAGACUGCUGAUUGAUGUACCACAGAUUUUCUCCGUGAGCUUACUUGUGUUUAGCUAAUAAAACGUAAAAUAAUUUCUCAGUACUAACUGCACUGACAUUUAGAUAUUUAUAAAUGGUGUGCUGUCAUAUUCUUUCCGCUUAUAAUUUAAUAUUUUGCUAAUGCUUAUUCCAGAGCUGGGUUUGGGUUUAGUAGAGCAGUCCAGCAGGGAUGCUUUCCGUGUAUGAUGUGCAACGCUUUUUUGUGAACUGCAGGCAUCAGUCAGGACGAUGUAAAAACACAAUGCUAACUUUAAACUGUAUAAAUCAUUGUUUUAUUUCAGAUAUUUUCAUGAAAAUAAAUCAUUAACCUCAUGGAU